CUGAGUGCUAAUUGAGACUGAGUUAAAAUUAUAGGUUAUAUUUAUAUUAAAGUUUUGGUAAUUUUAUUAAUUAUAUUUUAAAAUAUGGGAAAAGUUAGAAAACGAAAACCAAAACCAAGCAAAACAGUAAACAAUGCAACAGCUAAUGAUGCUGAGGAAGAAGAAUUGCCGGUUGACAAUAAAGAAAAUGUGAUUCAAACUAUAAUUGAUCAGUUACAGGCUGCAGAUGUCGAAGAAAAGUACUGUGGGCUGCAAACUUUUGCCAUGCUACUCGAGAGUCAAGAGAGUCUGGAACAGAUGAUCAACAGGGGACUAGUGAAGAUGGUGGCGCCACUGCUUCUCGACCCAGCCUCUUCAGUGAGAAAUGCAGCUGCCGGCUCACUCAGGAAUCUGUCCACAGUUGGUCAUGAGAUGUGUGAUGUUUUGAUGGAACAAGAUGUUAUGACUUCUUUGAUAUUUUACUAUCAUCAGUACACAGAGAGCUGGAUACCAGACCCUACUUCCAAAAAUAAAGAUGAUUUUGACACUUUUGUUCAGUGUACAAAUCUUUUAUUAAACUUAUGUGAAAGUUCAGAAUUAGCUGUAAAAUAUCUUGGGGAUUCAAAAAUAUUAGACAUAUUUCCAAAAUACUUGGACUUGAGCACAUUUGGAGUUGACAUUGUUACAGCAGUAAUGCAAUGUUUAUUCGUAGUUGUUGAGGACAACCCAUUAGCAACAGAAAGAGUUAAGAACUCCUCAGAAAGACAGCUAAAAGAAUUAUUAUUAUUAGAAGACAAUGAUCCUUCAGCUUUGUUAAUAAAAACACUUGCUGGUGGAGUUAUUAUUAACAUGUGUGGCGGCAACAUUUCCAUUUUACCAGUUGACGUCAUGAAUCAAAUAAUUGCAACAUUAGCGAGGACUUUGUCUUUGGAUCACAGAUUAGCUUGUAAUCAGCUGUCGAGCAAUGUGCCUUUGAGCAAUGCAGUGGGCAAAGUAGAACCUCCUAAAGGCAAGGAAGGGCAGGUGUUGGAAAAUCAAAUAAAAUCUGUCCUUCAGGUCUUGGAUGCUCAACAGAGUGCAAUAGAAAUUAUUGCAAAUGUCUGUUCUUGUGAUGAUGCAGAUGACUGUAUGGAAGGCCCUGAAUCCUCGGACAGUGACGAACCAUUAGAUGAGGACAGCUGUAGUAACGGCGAAGGUGUACUGUUGGCUGAAGACAGACUACCACCAGAAUUAUUGGAAGGCCUAAUUUCAUUGGAAAUAUUCGACAAAGUUUGGGCCCGCACACAGUUACCUCCUGAAAAUGUAUUGACAAUAUUGAAAGAAUAUGAAGGAACACAGUUAAUUUAUAAAAAGUUGCACAACUUACAAACAAGAGCUCUGUUAUGUAUAAACAAUAUACUAUUGAAUCUACCGAUAGAAAACCUUGGUGGUGUAAGUGGUGUGUAUAAAAUAUGGGCAGCUGCGGGAAAACUCGUGUUCAAACAGAAUUCUGAGAACUUAAAUCUUUUGGAGUCCGCCACCGCUGUUAUGAGAGCUGCAUUAGACAAAAUUAAGUUGAAAAGUAAUGAAAAAGGAAAUGAAAGUAAUUUGUUCAGUGAAUUGGCGUUAUCUGACAUUGAGCUUAUGCUGACGGGAAUCAGAGAUUGUCAAGAGCCUGAAAUAAGAUCAAACCUCAUCCGCAUGAUUGGCAUAUUAGCCUUACUGUUAGUGAGCAAUCUUAAUGAGACCUCCUCGAACGUGAUUUGUACCAUCACAGACUUCAUACUAGAUCAAGCACACAAAGAAAACGAAGUAUGGGUUUUAGCUGAAGCAGUCGAUACGUUGGUGGAUUUGUAUUCAGAAGAUGAAACUGAUUUGUUAGCUGCUAAGGUUAAACUGGUUGAUAAGUUAGCAGUUCUGGCGCCUAUUUUAAAAAACAAGGCAAGACAACAAAAGAAAUUGCCAAAAGAAUACAAAGUUCUCGUCACUACAGCUAAUUCUAAUCUCCCGAGGUUCAUAAAGUAUAAAAAGGCAAGACUUUCUAAACUGUAAGCGAUAUUUUAGAAUUAAUCAAUAUCUAUGUACAUGUAUGUAUAUUGUUUAUUUUUUUAUUAAAUAUGAAUAUUAUUAUGAA